GCGAGGCAGCAGCCCAGCGGACUGCCCCCCCUCCACUAAAACAAGUGCGUAACAAGCGGCCACUCCACGUGAACGGCACGAGCGGGACGCACCGCCUGGAGACUUGGCGAAUCUUUAUAAGUUUAUGCGUAGUUUUUCCAUUUUUUUUCCAUUGGGAAUGGACCUUACAGCCAGAAUGGAGAUUAACGUCAGCCAGCAGCAGUUGAUUCCACCUGCUUGCUUCUUUUCCGCCACAGCGGCGGCGCAGAGCGUCCAGCUGAGCCCCAGCGGCAGCAGCCAGUCCAGCGGAAAGUCGGCGUCUAAACAUCCCAAGAGACAGCGUUCUUCCUCCCCGGAGCUGCUGCGGUGCAAGCGGAGGCUGAAUUUUGCGGGUUUCGGCUACACUUUGCCGCAGCAGCAACCGCACGCAGUGGCCCGAAGGAACGAGAGAGAGCGCAACCGGGUGAAGCUGGUCAACAACGGCUUCGCCACCCUGCGGGAGCACGUUCCAAACGGCGCUGCCAACAAGAAGAUGAGCAAAGUAGAGACGCUGCGCUCCGCUGUGGAGUACAUCCGCGCCCUGCAGCAGCUGCUGGACGAGCACGACGCGGUGAGCGCGGCGUUUCAGUCCGGCGUCCUGUCGCCCACCAUGUCGCAGGGAUACUCCGCGGACAUGAACUCCAUGGCAGGUUCACCCGUGUCCUCUUACUCAUCGGAUGAGGGCUCUUACGACCCCCUCAGUCCAGAGGAACAGGAACUGUUGGACUUCACCAACUGGUUCUGAGCAUAUAAGGAAAAGGAUCAACUGAUUAAACUGUUGUCCUGCGCUUGGGAUGGUCCCCAGAGGUGGCUGGGUAUCCUCAAGAACAAGAUGCGCUCUGCACGCGUCCUCAACAUCCAGUACACCCUGACUGACUCAAUAACGGACUGACAAGGCCUUAAAGUCCCGAACACUUGGGGAGAAAUCAGGCCCAAGAUCAGCACCAAAGGAUUAAAGGAAGACGGAUCUCCUAACAGCGUGGGAAUCCCACUCCUGUGCAUUUUGUCUGCGAUAAAGAAAGAAAGAAAGAAAGAAACAAAAAAAUCCCCAAAAGUGAAUUCACGCUCUUUGGUGGCACAUUGAAAACAUUAUUUAACACGUUGCUCAUCUAUGCUAAUCCAAUCACACAACACCAACUCUGGUUAAAAAAAAAACUCUCAGAUGUCGAAUUCAGAAAAUGCUUCCAAGACACGGAUUAUUCUAUUAAAUUCUUUAUGAAACGCUUUUUUAAAGUAUAUUAAAAUAUUUUUGUAUGUAAGAGAUUUAUAGACGUUUUGUACACAGCCUUUUUGUAUAUAUUUUUGUCUAUAUAUUGCGAAUUCGCUUCUAUUACCUCUUGCCUAUGUAGACGUGUAGUCUAUUAUUCUCUGGCUCUUUGUGUUCAUGAGGUUUUCAGGAGUUUGACACUCCCGAUGUUUUAUUCUAGCACCAACGUGUCUUAUUUAAUAGCAGAACCAUGUUAUUGCAUUAUUUCAUGUCACAAUGAUCAAAACCUUAUGCAGCUAUUGUCCAAACAGGGUGCGAUAGCUAUGCAUUGUAUCUUUAUACUGCCAGCUAUAUAUCCUCUUCACAUAAGGAGAUGUUAAAAAGAAGUCUUAUAACCAUAUUUUCUACAUUCUAGUCCAAGAAUAAAAUGAGAAUUAUUACUA